CUUUUUCACCUUGACUGGGAUCUUAAACAGACUCCUCGUAGACUCAUUACUAUGGAUGCACUACAUCAACAGAUUAGAAACAUCGACUUUUCAAACUGGCUUGACGUGGCUGUAGCUAUUUCUGUUACGACAAAGGGAAUAUCAGAAUAUCUGGAGAGUACUAUUCUAGCUUUGCAUCAAGAAAUAAAAAAUGGAGCAUGCGCACUGUUACCGAACUGCAAACAGAACUGCAGCAAGACUUUACGAAAUUUCUCAACAUGGUGUCCGACCUGUGUGAAAUGGAAGGGACAAAUUAAGUCAUAUAACAAAUACAGGAAUAGAGAGAGGAAAAUAAAAUGGGGAGACAUCAAUUCAUCAGACUGGCCCCGGAAUGUCGACGAGAUGGUAAAGGUGUUCGCCCCAGAGUGGUGGAGAGCUAGGACUCCAUACACAGAGGACCUCUCUGUAGCGCUGCAUGUCAUUCAAAACUGUACGAAAUUCAACAUUCCCGUUCUGAUUUGUCAGCGUGUAAGAGAUGUUCGGAACGCCCUGUUCGCUCAUGGACAUCUUCAAGUAGACAAUGCCGAAAAGAAGAACGCUUUCAGGAUUCUUCUUACAAUCCUCAAACUGCCAGAAAUCUCUCAAACCAGAUCUGGUCGAUUGGCUAUUUCUCAACUGAAACGCUUAAAAUCAAAAUGUGUUAUUGACCUUAUGACAGAGGACGAAGCUUUUCGACAUCACUUGGUCCUUGCCCUGAAUCCCUACAAGGACACUGAUAGAGAAAUAUUGAACCAAUAUGAACACGUGAAGGAAUUGAGACUAUGUUUACGUGAAGAUCAAAACGGUCAAUUACAACGAAUAUUGACAGAGCGAACACGAAUUGUCGGUAGAGUAUAUGGAAAUGGGCGAUUUGCAAUUGCCUUGAUAAUUUCUUUCAUAUGUAUAAUUAUUAUCCUGUUAAAUAUUGGUCACAGGGAUGACACGACAUGGGAAGGACUACACAAUGAGAAAGGUUGUUUGCCGAUGACGUUUUCUAGCCCCUGCCCAUGGAAACCUGAUUUUACCUUCGACGGCUAUCUGACAAAUCGUCCUAUCCUCAUUGGGCGGAAUUGGCUUAUCGACAAGAUUCAAACAUCUCUAUUUGGAACAUCUUCCAGAGGUAUCCUGCUGACAGCAGAAAUGGGUUACGGCCUGUUACUAUGGAGGGGCUAUAUGGACUGAUUCGAGGCACCGACUUCUCCAAUUGGCUUGACGUGGCUGUUGCUAUAUCUGUUACAACAACAGGGAUAUCGGAAUAUCUGAAAGGUACUAUCCUGGCGCUGCAUCACGAAAUUAAGUAUGGAGCAUGUGUACAACUACCAAACUGUACACGGAAUUGUAGCAAGAACGAACGUAAGUUCUCUACAUGGUGUCAGACUUGUAAAACAUGGAAAGACCAAAUCAUUUUAUAUAACAUCAACAACAAAAAACGACAGAUCAAAUGGAAAGAAAUUAAUUCAUCAGACUGGCCCCAAAAUGUCGACGAGAUGGUAAAGGUGUUCGCCCCGUCUUGGUGGAAGCCUGACACUCCAUACACAGAAGACCUCUCUGUUGCCAUGAAUGUCAUUGAAAACUGUACAAAAUUCAACAUUCCUAUCCAAACUUGUCAGGUUGUAAAAGAUGUUCGAAACGGUGAUUUCGCUCAUGGAAAGCCCCAAUUAAACAAUGCCGAGAAGGGGAAUUCCCUAAGGACUCUGGUUACGUUCCUAAACUUGUCAGAAAUCUCACAAACACCAUCAGGUAAACUGGCAAUUUCCGCUAUUGAAACGAUUAGAAUCGAAAUGUGUUUUGGAUCUUAUAAGACAGGAUGACAAUUUCAAGAAUCAUUUGGUCCUUGUACUGAAUUCACACAAUGACGAGUUAAAAGCUAUAUUGGACCAAUAUGAACAUGUUCAGGAAAUGAGAUUGGCUCUGAAGGAAAAUAAAAACGAUAAAAAGCGCGUGACAUGUUUACAGGCAGAAUCAAUGAUGAGCAUAGCCAUACUUCCCUGCAUACUCAUCGUCGCAGUUUUUCUGAUAUAUGCUAGGCAGGAGAUUGACACAACUAGGAACGGAUGGAACAAAAAAGAAGGUAAUAUACACACGAAAACCCUUUGUAAUCCAGGUAAAGUUCUCCUUAUCACUCUAUAAAUAUUUAUUGGCGCAUUUGUCGAAUAUAUAAUGUUGGAGAUAAUUGCAGCAAUUUCAAUUAUCUGGCUGGAAUAAUAAACCUGACCAUUCACUUGCUUUAUUCUUCUUGGAAAACUCAUUGAAGACCUUAACACAUUAACAAAAGUAUGGAGGAAAAAAAGAUAUUCAAAAUUUGUAACUAACACUGUAGCAAAUAGAAUAGAUUAUAUGAAGAAAGUCCGAUUGUUUGCCAUUGAGACUAAGUACUUGUCGUUCAUAUCAUUUCCGAUUUGUUGACAAA